UCUCCCUGUCCCAGAACAUCCUGAUGGGAAUGAUGGAGUCCGUGUCGCGGAUCACGUCCUGAAAACCUUUGAUCCGUUUCCCACCUCAACAGGUGAAACCACGUGACGUCGCAGCUCUCUGUGUGCGCGCGCGCUCGGAGUCCAGUGCGCGCGUCUGCAGGUGCGGAUGUUUAUCUACCCAAUGAUGAUGAGGAUGGGGAUGAAGGUGAAACGACGUGUCCCGGUGAAGGAGUCGCGUUAACCUGAUCGUCGUUUCCUCCUUGUCGCCGAUUUUUCCAGGAUUUUCCAGGAUCCACCAGCACCAUGUUGGCCCGGAAGGGCCUCCUGCCGGACGGGUUCCUGCUGACCCGGCUGGCCGAGGACCAGAACCAGCUGAACCGCACCCGGACCAGGUCCCUGCGCGCUCGCUUCAUCACCAAAACUGGAUCCUGCAACGUGGCUCACAAGAACAUCAGGGAGCAGGGUCGCUUCCUGCAGGACGUCUUCACCACCAUGGUGGACCUGAAGUGGCAGCACUCCCUCCUCAUCUUCACCUCGGCCUUCCUCUGCUCCUGGAUGCUCUUCGCGAUGGUCUGGUGGCUCCUGGCCUUCGCUCACGGAGACCUGGAGCCCCGUGACCCAGACAACGACCCGGGUCGGGUGCCCUGCGUCACCGCCAUCCACUCCUUCACUUCAGCCUUCCUCUUCUCCAUCGAAGUCCAGGUGACCAUCGGAUUCGGCGGCAGGAUGGUGACAGAGGAGUGUCCCGUCGCCAUCAUCACGCUGAUCAUCCAGAACAUCCUGGGCCUGAUCAUCAACGCCGUGAUGCUCGGCUGCGUCUUCAUGAAGACGGCGCAGGCCAACCGGAGGGCGGAGACGCUCAUCUUCUCCAGGAACGCCGUCAUCGCCACUCGAAACGGCCGACCCACCUUCAUGUUCCGAGUCGGAGACCUGAGGAAGAGUAUGAUCAUCUCCGCCACCGUGCAGCUGCAGGUGAUCCGGCGCACCGUGACGACUGAAGGGGAGGUGAUCCCGGUGUGCCAGCUGGACAUCCAGGUGGAGAAUCCUCUGAGGAGCAACGGCAUCUUCCUGGUUUCUCCUCUGAUCAUCAGCCACACCAUCGAGAGAGGGAGUCCGCUGUACGACCUGUCCGCCCAGUCCCUGGCCACAGUAGACCUGGAGGUCAUCGUCAUCCUGGAAGGUGUGGUGGAGACGACGGGCAUCACCAUGCAGGCUCGCACCUCCUACACCCCCGAGGAGAUCCUGUGGGGGCGGCGCUUCGUCUCCAUCAUCACCGAGGAAGACGGCCGCUACUGCGUGGACUACUCCAAGUUCGGAAACACGGUCCCGGUCCGGAUGUCGUCGCUCAGCGCCAAGGAGCUGGACCAGACCCGCGGCGUCCAGGAGGGGACGUCCGAGACUCACCUGCAGGGCUGGGGGCUGGUCAGAGCCGGCAGGGGGGGUUUCCGCAGAGGAGGGCGCGCCUGCGACGGCUCCGCCCCCCAGCCGUGGUACGCCCAAUCAGAGAAGCAGGAGAAAGACGCGGAGCAGAAGGGGCAGAAGAAGAAAGUGCAGCUGGAGGUGAUUGGACGGCAGGUUGAGGAGGAGGGACCCGGAGACGUGAGCGACUGAACGAACAGAACUGAUUCCUGAUUCAGUGUGUUCAGACUUAUGUGUGUCUUUAACUUUAGAUUCAUUCCAGCUGUUCAAAGUUCAAACAUCCUCUAAGACCCACAAGGACCAAAGAGACAUGCUUGGUUUACCUAGCAACCCCAGCAGCACUGCAGUCCGUUUUUCAAACAAUUAAAUGUUCAUGUUUUGUAUCCUAACCUGUUCAAGGAAGCAUAAUAGAUCACCUUUAACCGUUUUAUUGUUGAUUUGUCGUGUUUUGUGGUGCUUUUCUCUUGUUUCUGUAAAUUAUUGAUGGCUCUGACAUAUCCAGAUUAUUUACUGAAUACAUAAAGGACAUUCAGAGAACAGCUCUGGAUAUUUUACCUCUCAGUAGAUUAAAAAUAAUCUUCACUCUUCUUGUUAUUUAUAAUGUUGAAAUAAAUCAGUUUUGUAUUUUUUUUCUUCACCUUAUUUGUGUCAUUUAUCCACUUUAAAGUAAGUCGUCUUGAGAUCAAUCCAUUUGAAAUUAUAGCUUUAUAUCUCAAACUUAUAUAUUUGAAAGUUGAAAUUCUGACUUCCUAUUGUUGUUGUCGUUUUUCCCUGGCAGGAAUGGACUUCCAUACAGAAAUAAAGUUUUAAGGGAGAUUA